ACCUGCUUCCCACCUCACUUGCCCCCACACCAAGAAUCUACUUGUAUUAUUGUAUUAUUUUUCACUUCUAUAUAUCUAAAUCUAUUAAUAUGGUGUUCCUUUAUUUGUAAGCCUUCUAUACAUACAUCUUUCUCUAUGGACUUGAAUCAUUCAUCAUAUUCAUAUACUAAUUCCAUGACCAAAUCAGUGGCUGAUACCGACACCCUAACCACCGAAGAGAGCGGUUGGACUAGUUAUUUUGAGGAUUUUAUGGUUGCCCAACAACAAGAUCAUCAUCAAACAGAACUAUCUGAUGCUGGUUCGUACGCCGACUGGAAUAACAUAGCUAAUUCGAUGAAUGGCGCAGCCCCAAGAUUCCCCAAGAAACUGAAUCUUAUCAAGAAAUCAAGUAGACGAACAAGAGAUAAGAUUCUUUACGAUGAUUCUUUAGAAGAUACUGCUAGUUCUCCUGUUAAUAGUCCCAAGGUUGGGAGUCCACAAAUGGGGUUUAAUCAAAUAAAAGUAGAUGAUGAUAUCAUGCAGAAUUCUCUGGAGAAAGAAGGUGGAUUUGAUGGUCAUUUCCAACUUCUAAAGAGGGAAGAUCAAAGCAGGAACAUAACAUAUGAAGAAAACAACAAUGGAAGAACAGAUUUGAGGAAGAGAGGUUUAUGUUUGGUUCCUCUAUCCAUGUUUGUAAACUAUAUAUAAUAUGUGAUAAUCGAUAUAUAUGUAUAGACACAUAUUGACAUGAAGAGACAUGCCGCUCAGUCCAAUCACCAAUAAAUCCGACCAUGCAGAAGAAUUGAUGGAUGGUACGUGAAACUGUAUAGACUAGAUAAUAAGAUCAAUUCAAGGAAAAUGAAAGAGUCGAACUUGAGACAUUGUAUAUACUUUAAAGCCCAGUUGACUAUCAAAUCAUACAUCCUUCUAUUAUAUGUUGUAAACUAAGAUUUCUAAUAGUUAUUCUUUGCCUACAAAAGGCAAGGAUUGGCCUCUAA